AUGAGCCUACGUUCUAUAUUAGGCGGCGGUAGGGUCAAGAAGCCGAAGCCGAAGUCAUCAGCGUCGUCGCCCCGCAAAACCGGCGGGACCAGCAGUCCGCGGGCCGGCACCAGCACCAAGAAGAAGAAGACCGAACCGGCCGACGUGGGUGCUGACGACGCCGAAGAUGACUACUUCCACGACAGGCUGGACGAUGUCGGCCUUGUCACGGCGCUAGCCACGGACAUGUCGCUACGUGACGUUGUACAAGCUAUCAAGUACACGCGCAGUCACAUGUUCGGCCCGGUCCCCACAGAAGCGGCGGGCAUGAACUCCACGCGCAUUGCUGAGGUGCUUAAUUACCGUAAAGCGAUGCCGGGUUUGGUGACAAUAUCUCAUCUUCAUGCGUUCCUCAUCUCUCCGACCGCCGUCGAGCGGGAGGUAGCGGAAUUGCAGCGCGGCGGAGUCGUUCGCAAGAUUUACGUACAACGCCGUGGUGGGCUAGGCGAAGCCCUUAUCCAAAGCUCCGAGUUAGAGGAGCUGAUCACGACGUCUACGGCGCUUGACGAGGAGACAAAAACAGCAUUCUUGAAGUUCCUGAGGGACAACCCCUUAACGCAAACGAUGCCACGGGUUGCUUGCAAUCACAAACAGGCUGAUGCCCUUGUCCGGGCAGGAUUUCUUACGGCAAAAAUGCAUCCACAAGACGUAGGGAACCCGCUGACAAAGCUGUACCUGCGCCCCGAAGAGCGCGCCAGCUUGACGAGCAUCGAGGCAGUGUCACGCGCUGCGUCUGGUACUUUCGACGCCGUCGGCGGGCAAGGAGCGAUACAUGCCGCUGGCGGUGGGGGAGGAGCGUCACGCUUAUCCCGCGCCGACACGUCAUCUUCCGGGGCCGACUUCACCAUCGCGGUCCCUGGGAACGGGUCCUUUCUCAAGCUAACUGCCGGUGCUGUGGAGCACCUCACCAAGCUGCUAUCUAAAUCGCAAUUUAGGGAGAUACCCGUCUCUAUGCUGAAGGAACGAUGGGAGGGCGGCGUGGCCCAUGACGAGGCACGUCUGGCAAAGAGGGCUAGAGGAGAGUUCUCUGGGGUGCUGCCGGGACGGACCAAGAGAUGGAAGGAAUUUUAUGGGUUGGAGUUCAACUGGGUAUUGGAGGAAGCAAUGGGUGCAGGCCUUGUUGAAGUCUUUGAGACGCGGAGUGUAGGUAGAGGAGUGCGCUUGCUGUAA